AUGCAAAUCCCGACGAGUAUGCCCAAGAGCUCCAACGACCGCGGCAUGAAAGAAGCAGCGUCCAAGAAGGUGGACGAAAUGCUCACGGAGGCGGAACAGAUGCGUGAUCGCAAGGACUUGGGCGACCAAGGCCGUCGGACUCUGGAGCAGAUCCAGGAAGAUGCACGGAACCUCGGCGAGUAUGCUCGUGGCAAGAUGGACCACAUGAAUGAAGUGAUGCGCGAGGCAGCGGCCUCGGCUCGUGAGUCAGCUGGACUGCCUGACUCGGCUCCGGUGCCAACCGACGCAAUGAGUGAGAAGGUCAUGGACUCUCUCAAGACGGCGAGCGAGAAGCUGAGUGCCGAAAUCAGCGACUUGGGUGAGCGCGUGGAGAGUGUCAGAGCUCGAGUCGCGCACCAGGUUCACGCUGCAGGGGGCAAAGCAAAGGACACAGUCAAUGCAGCGAGUGACAAGGCCAAAGACACGGUGUAUGCGGCCAGUGACAAAGCCAAAGACACGAUGCACGCAGCAGGUGAUAAAGCCAAGGAUACGUGGAUCCAGAGCUCGGAAGCCGCCAAGAAUGUGGGUGAGCGCGAGUACUGCUUGCCGUUGCCAACGGACCGCAUUUGCGCGCGGCACGUGGCCAUGGUGGGGCUUCCGUUGCUAGCCUUGUUUUUGCUGAUGAUGAUGCGUCGUCGCUACCCGAAGAAGUGGCAGGCGAGCGUGGACAAGAUGCGGACGCCCGGCAAGUCGCUGGCGCGCGAGAUGCCAUCGAGUGACCAUAUCAAGUCGAAGCUGGAAGGGGUCGCCGAUACCCUUGAGGAGAAGAUUGAGUAUGGCAAGCAGCGUGGGAGCGCCGUGGUGGACCAAGUGCGCAGCAAGUAUGGCCAAGUGGAGAAUAAGAAGGAGCAGUAA